AUGAAAUGGAUGAUCGACGCAUCUUUUGCGGUGCAUCCAGAUUUCAAGAGCCAUACUGGCGGCACUCUGUCCUUUGGAGGAGGUGCAGCUCAAGUGAUGUUGAAGAAACAAAAACUAAACAGCAGAAGCAGUACAGAAGCGGAACUGAUUGCUGUUGACGAUGUUGUCACGAUGAUACUAUGGACAAAGUUGUUCAUGGAGUGGCAAGGGUAUCCGAUCAAGAAGAAUAUCUUGUAUCAGGAUAACAAAAGCGCGAUUCUACUGGACCCACCGCAAAUUUUGCGUUGCGGGCGACUGCAAGACGUUUGA